CUGUGUUGAUACCGAACAAAAUGGCUGCAGAGGCUUGAUCCUGACCCGAUACUCUCAGCGCUUUCUCCGGACACUCCGCACUUAUCUUUGGAUAUUUCCACUGUCGUUUGAAAAACAUCUUUGGAUUUCUCCAAACAACUACAGCCAGACUGCUCGCCUCAUCGCUCGCUAUCUUUAUUUUUGCACUUUAAUGAAGCAGCUCGCAUCGUAUAAUCUCAUGUCAGUCUACCAGACAGUAGCAGCUUCAAACUGCCCUCUUCUUCGUUUUGCACCGUAGAUGAGAUGCUAUUUCUGAUGACCAAUUUAUGCCACUGUACUUGACAAACUGCCUCGCCGUUUUAAUGUAUUUUUCUUGUCUUUUCGAGGGUGUUUUGUAGCGUAUAUGUCAUGGAAAUGUAAUCUGCUGUUUUUUCCAGCAUGCAUGCAUCUAUAAUCUCCAUUAGAGCCCAAAGCUCUAAGUCUGCAUAGAAAUUUUCACAACAGUCCUUUUCCCUUUGCAUACAGAAUUUUGCGUUUAUUUUCGUUCCGCUGCCUUUUUUGGGACUCUUUCGGAAGUUCAGCUGCUCAUUCAGUACAGUGUUACUUGGGACGGUCUGUUUUUACGGGUACCUUUUUCGGAAAAAAAGGCCUUUUGUACCGCUGUACAACAUGCAACACUUUUUUACAGAAAGCUGCCAAAGCUCGACUUGUGAACAAAAAGCUGUGAGAAGUUGAACAUCACAAGGAGAGAACCAUUUGAUGGAAGAAAAGAAAAAGAAAAAGCAAGAAGAAGAGACAAAGAAGGAUACUGCUCAGAAAACGGAUACUGAACAGAAAACCAAAGUGCCAGACUCUGAUAAACCCAAUCCCAGCAUCCCAUCAAGCCCCAUUCUGACCCUGAACCUGCCUGUACCUUCUGCUGCUACCACCAGCAAUGGCAAGCGUAGCCCUUGUAAUUCCCUUCAACAGCAGUUACCUCCAUUACAGCAGCCUAGUCCCCGAUAUGUGCCCAGAGAGGUUCCUCCACGCUUCCGACAGCAGGAGCAGAGGCAGUUACUGAAGAGGGGUCAACCUUUACCUACAGGCGCUCUGAACCCGACCUCUGCUUGCACUCAGUCCGGGGUCAUCUCCCCUCCCGAGACGCCCACCAGCAAACGGCACACGGGACUUCCCCAUCAAAGUGGACUGGGAGCCCAGCAUGAGAAUUGUCUCUGGAGCAUCCCAGUCAGCAAAAGCAACGGCAGCAACCGGGAUAAAGUGAUUAUUAACUGUAACGACGGCAACACUUGGCCUUCCAAUAUUUACGGCAAGAGCCACCAGACACCAGAAUGCACCUUGAACGCUGAACUCACAUCAGAGGUCGUCAGCAACAGUAGCAGCACUAUUAUGGCUACAGGAGCUAGCCAGCAGGGUCAUUACCCAAUCAGCAAAGCCAGCAUUAAUCUCUCUUCUAGUAUUGUCUCUAGUCAAAGUGGCCCUACCAGGGGCUGGGUCUCAGAGGGAAAAAUUGACUUGUCCAUGGGCAGUAGAGGGCAGUCUAACUGGGGUGCCUCUAAUCUGAACCUAAAUCCCAGUGCCAACCCUGCUGCUUGGCCAGCACUUGGACAAGAGGGUCCUGGGGUAGGGUCAGGCCCUAGUAGCAUGGUUUGCUCAAAUCCACUUUCACUCAGUAUGUGUGGCCAAGGAGGAGUGGCACCACCUCAUGGCACCAAUGGAAAUGGUAGCAUUAGUUGUGUCAAUGGAAACCUUGUAGGGGAUUGUGCAUGGGGCAACCCGGAUGUCCCAGAACAGCAUCAGUCCCCCACAAAUGUAUCUUUCAACAUGAAACCUCCUAAACUUAAAACUGAUGGACCAAAUAACACUAAACCAGAGCCAAUGAGUCCAGUGAACAGCUGGAGAGGAAAUCUCAGUCAGUCACCUACUGAGCCUGCCAGUGAAGAUGGAACUGCCUUCUGGGGCAACACCGAUGCCAAAAAUGCAGAAUCAAAGGACUCAGGCUGGGAUUCUGCAGGUGUCUCCUCUUGGGGGCAGGGAGGAGCUAGCAGUGGUGGCAGCUGGGGUGAAUGGGGCAAACAACCAAGUACUGAAGCUACAGGUUGGGAUGUAAAUGAUGGACCUUCCCAGGAACAUAUGAAUUCUUGGGGCCCUGAUACUCCAGCAAGUGAGGGCAGUAGGGACAGUAGUGAGGGCCACCCAGGAAGAAGAGAGAGGUCCUCAAGUGAUGAUUUGACACCUUUGCUCCCAAGGCAGGACUUGGACCCACGUGUCCUCUGCAACACAGGCUGGGGACAGACUCCAGUUCGCCAACACACUGUUUGGGAAAUGGAAGAAAGUCCAGACAAAAAGAAUGGUGCAGGGAAUGAGGUCUGGGGGUCUUCUUCCAACACAUCUUCAGCUGGACCUGCACCACCUCCUCCUGGAUGUGCCAGUCCCAACCUCAGUGCACCUCCUAGAAUGGAGACAAGCAAGAGCGAGGGAUCUUGCAGAGUCAUACCAAAUGCAGGCUGGGGAGGAUCAGUCUCAGCCACUGCUCAGCCUAGCAGUGGAUGGGGGGAACCUCCUUCAAAUAAAAAGGUUCCCAAUGGAUCCCAAUGUGGCUGGGGUGAUCCUGUGGCUGAAGGUCCCAAUACCAAUGGCUGUAAUGGCCAGUCCUGGGCUGAGGAAAAGUCUCCUAGCUGGGAUGAUAGUACUUCUCAGAAGAAAACACAAGGUUGGGGUGAUGGAACCAAAACUUCCCCAGGCUGGGGAAGUAGUAGCAGUGGGAAUAGUGGAGAGUGGGGUGACUCUUCAGAAAUGCGGAAGAAUGGCUCUGGAAGUUCCACUUGGGAACCUGACAACAGAAACUGGAAAGAAACCCAGAGAGGGUGGGGUAAAGCAGCACCAGCACAGGGUGGUAGUUGGGGUGAUGCACAACAUUCCAAUAGUUCAGCCCAAAGUUGGGGUGGAAAACCUCAGGAAUCCACAUGUGGCAACGGUGGAACUGGAGGUAUAGGAUCAUGGGGUGGCCCAAAUUCUGUAAAACAGAGUAACUCUGGCUGGUCAUCAGGAGGGCGACAAGAGCUGGGAGAUGAGGCCACAGGCUGGGAAGAACCCUCUCCUUCUUCUAUUCGUCGCAAAAUGGAAAUUGAUGAUGGAACGUCCACCUGGGGUGACCCCAGUGCUUACAGCAGGAGUGUAAACAUGUGGGACAGGAACAACUCUCAAAAUCAUCCAGGAACCAGCAACAGUGGUAACAAUAACAGCCUCACUGGGCCGAACAACAAUAGCAAGCCUCACCAACACCACAGCCAAGGUCCCACUCAGAACCAUGUCAGUGGUAGCAACAACAAUGGCUCACCCAAUCAAGCUCAAUCUCCCCUCAACAGAAUGCCUGUAGUAAACCCAGGCUGGGGAGAGCUCCCUAAUGUACAGCCAAACUCAGAACCUUCUUCAUGGGGCGAGCCAGCCAAUUCGAACUCCUCUAUGGACAAUGGAACUUCAGCUUGGGGCCAGCCCUCUAGGGGAUGGGGUGAAGGUGGCCAUGAUUCCAGUGGACCUUAUGGCAGAGGAAAUGCACCUGCUGGACCAGGCUCCUGUCAGGAAGGUCCCAAAUCUAUGCAAGAUGGAUGGGGAUCAGGAGGGGAAGAAAUUGGCAUGAACACUGGCCAAUGGGAUGCUGAUGAUGGUGACAUGUGGAACAGUCCUACAUCCCAAGACUCCUCUUGUAACUCCUGGGGUCAAUCCAAGAAGGGCCCACAAAGAGGCAAGGUAUCCAACAAGCAUGAUGAUGUUUGGAUUAUGACCCGACUUAUCAAGCAGCUUACAGAUAUGGGUUUUCCGAAGGAUCCUGCAGAAGAGGCCCUAAAGAGCAACAAUAUGAAUCUGGAUCAGGCCAUGAGUGCUUUGCUGGAGAAGAAAACCGAACUGGACAAACGGGGGAUGGGCAUGCCAGACUACAGUAAUGGAAUGAAUAAACCCAUAGUGUGCCGACCCACAAACCUCUCCAAAGACUCCUCAAUGGAUCGUGCCCCCUUCCUGGACAAGGACGGUAGGCUGUCAGAUGAUUCUUCAACCUCACCGUUUAUGCCUUCUCCUGGGCUCAAGCUCCCACUGGCCAAUAGCAGCCUCCCUAGCCACGGAUUGGGUGGGGUGUCCUCUGGCCUGUCCAUGCAAAACUUGAACAACAGACAGGUGAAUAUGCAGAAUGGAAUGUUCGGCACUAACGGAGCAGCACAAACUCGGGUCAUGCAGCAGCAGGCCCCGCCCCCUCAGCCGCCAGUGCCACCUCUUAGCUCCGCCCAGCCUAAUCUGCGUGCUCAAGUGCCUCAGCUUCUCACCCCUCAGGUUCAAGCACAGCUGUUACAGUUUGCGGCAAAAAACAUUGGACUGAAUCCUGCACUUUUAACCUCACCAAUAAAUCCUCAACAAAUGACCCUGCUGUACCAACUACAACAACUGCAGGUGGCGUAUCAGCGUUUGCAGAUUCAGCAGCAAAUGAUGCAGGCUCAGCGUAAUGUCUCUGGUCCCAUCAAACAACAAGAGCAGCAAGUUGCACGUACAAUCACAAACAUGCAGCAGCAGAUCCAGCAGCACCAGCGUCAGCUGGCCCAGGCCCUGCUUAUGAAACAGCAGCAGCCUCCACCUUCCUCUCACACUGGCCUGCACCCAAAUCUUGGCAAGGCAAGCCUGGACACUUUCACGGGUCAUCCUCAGACUUCAGGCCUCUCCGUCUCAGACCUGCAGACCAAAGAGCAGUCUUCUCCAAACUCCUUCAGCCCUUAUACACUCUCUGGUUUGAACCCGAACAUGAAUGUAAACUGUAUGGAGGUCGGAAGUCUAUCUCUCAAAGACCCCCCUCAGCCUCAAUCCCGGCUCUCACAGUGGACUCAUUCAAACUCCAUAGAUUCCCUGUCAGCUAGCGCCCAGCACAUGGAGGCAAACCUCAAUAAGCAUGGUUCAAUCUCUUCAGCUCAGUCCCAUGUUCCUGUCGGAAAGAGCGCCAUGGAAGAUUCCUUCAGCCCAUACAAUAUGAUGUCAAGCUCUGAAUCCCCCACCAGCACCUUGGUGUCUCCAGAGAGCUGGACGCAAGGCAAAAGUCCCAAUGAGAAAAUGUCUAGUAACUCUAACAUCAACUGGCCUCCUGAAUUCUGCCCUGGUGUGCCAUGGAAAGGUCUGCAGAACAUUGACCCAGAGAAUGACCCCAACAUGACCCCAGGAAGUGUUCCAAGUGGCCCCACCAUUAACACUAACAUACAGGAUGUGAAUCGCUACCUGUUACGUGACAGGCCUGGAGGUAAACUCUUGGAAAUGAAGUCUACCUGGUCCCCUGGACCCAUCUCCCACACACAGGCCUCUUUAUCUCAUGAGUUAUGGAAGGUUUCCCCAGGGACACGUAACUCCAGUGCCCCCUCGCGCCCCCCUCCAGGCCUGACCAACACUAAGCCCUCCUCUACCUGGGGAGGAAACUCUCUUGGCCUCAGCCAGGGCUGGACCAGCUCUUACUCCUCAGAAGGAGGAACCUGGAGCACUGACAGUCCCAACAGAGGAAGCAGCUGGCUGGUGCUAAGAAAUCUUACUCCUCAGAUUGACGGCUCCACCCUGCGGACUCUGUGCAUGCAGCACGGCCCUCUCAUUACCUUCCAUCUGAACCUGACGCAGGGCAAUGCUGUUGUACGUUACAGCUCCAAGGAGGAGGCUGCCAAAGCCCAAAAAUCCCUGCACAUGUGUGUGCUGGGUAACACUACCAUUCUGGCAGAGUUUGCCGGUGAGGACGAUGUGAACCGCUUCUUUGCACAGGGCCAGUCCCUUACCCCCACUACCAGCUGGCAGGCCAGUCCAGCACCAGGCUCCAAUCAACCCCGGCUGGGCAACCCUGCUGCCAGCCACCCCACUGGCCUCUGGAGCGGGGGUGGAGGAGGUGCCAAGGCAGUCUGCAGUACCGGCAACAGUAGCAGCGGAAACGGGGGCGACCUGCUUUGGGGAGGUGUGCCACAGUACUCCAGUUUGUGGGCUCCCCCAAAUGGAGAUGACACCAGGGUAAUCGGCAGCCCCAUCCCAAUUAACACUCUGCUCCCGGGAGACCUGCUGAGCGGAGAGAGCAUGUAGGAUGUAUCAGACAUCAUAAACCAACAAAGUCAAAAGACCUAAAUGGAUCAAAACCCAAGCAAAUCAAUGUGGCGAUAAUCACUUUUUGUGGAGCUGUAAUGGAGGUUUAGGGUGAAACAAAGCUGCAAACCUCCCACUGCUGUUUAUUUGUCCUCUGGUUUUUACAUCAGACUCUUUGUUGUAUUCGUGGAUCUUGUUUUUAGUGUUCAAAGACCUUGAGAAGCAAGAAUCAGUAGAAUCAGAAGCCUUUUAACGCUUUUUUUUUUAUUUCCAAAGGUUGUUUUUUUUGUUUUUCUCAGAAGUGUUGUACAGGAGAAGCCAUCAACGAGGCAGCCAUCUGAAAGCGACCCAGGCACAGUGAGACCUCAUGACACCUUUCCCUAUAACGACACUGUUCUGAUGUUUGGAAAGAUCCUGGUACUUUUUUGGUUUUAAACUUUGCAUAGUUUCUUCAGAACUUAUAUUAGCCGUAAGUGCUCUCUCUCCAGGUCCUCCUUAAAACUUUUAUUUUAUAAAACCAACAAAAAAAAAACUUUGUAUCUUGCACAGUUCUGUUUCUGAGCCAGCGAAUAGGCCAGAGCAAAUGAGAAGAACACUCCUAGCAGUGGCCUGUCAGCAUGACUAAUCACCAAUGAUCUUUUUUUCUUUGAUUCUUUUAGUUUUACAAAAGGGAGCUGCACUGCUCUAUAAUUUCUAUUUACUCACACCAGUUUUUUUUUUUUUUACAAAAAUACGUGUAUGGUUAAAAAAAAAUAAGCUGAAUGUUAAGCUUUGAUGUAGAUGAAUGAAUGUCAGUGCGUCUGCUGGAACUUGACCAAGCAUCUAAAAAGUACAUAACCACUGUUAAAAACACUCUCAGUGGAGGCUUUUUAAUUACACCUAAUGGACUUCAGUGCUGAAUCAAUCAGAAGUUAUUCAGUUACUAUGUGAUGUAUUUUGGUUGGCCAUUUUUAUUGAGAUACAACCGAGACAAGAAACUCAUUCUGAUGCAUUGUGCAAUACAAACCAGAGUCCCUUUCUUCCGUCCACACUGAAGCUUACUGAAUCUUAAGACUCCUUUUUUUUUCUCUCUGAAGAUUUUUGAAGAAUUUAACCUUUUGAACUCAUUUUCCCACCUUGCCUCUGUCUGCUUGGCUUGCUGGUUGUUCGGUAUUUGCGUGGAAAGGAGGAACUGUUAAUUGUGUUUGACGUCACUCCAUGCAGUUUUGAACUCAGCAUGUGUGGGAUCACACAGUCUCCCAGCCACUUCUUCACCAAACAGAAACGGAAUCCAGGAGUGCAGACACAUGGCACGGGAGUCAGGCACAAUACCAAAUACAAUGGGUUUCUCUUAAUGCAGUACAGAAUAAGAGACCUUUGCAUUUGGAACAUAAACAUUUUCUAUGUCUCUUCUUAAAGGGGUAUUAUCAUAGCACUUAUAAGAGUUAUGCUCCUUCUGUGAAGCCAAUAAAUCAGAUAAUGGAGUGUAUAGUAAAAAAAAAAAAAAAAAAAAAAAAAAAAAAACAACGAAAAAAAGAAAAACAAAGACAACAAAAACUUCUUAUGGCAACUUUUUAUUAUUUUUUUUUCUUUGUGUUUAUACCUUACUGGUAUUCAAAAAAACAAUUGUUUGUUGUCCAUCUCUGGUCCAGAAACUUGAGUGCAGACAAAAGAAAAUCUGAAUGAAGGGAAGAACAAACUCUACAAUCAUACAAAACUUGCAAUGUAUGUUUUUUGUGUCCCCCCUUUCUAUCGAAGUGAAUGUCAAUGUUACUCAAAUGAAAUAGUCAAAUGUCUUAAUCUGUCUGGAAGAGGCACCUCGAUUCGACUUGGAUUUGAAAAAGGAGGAUGUGUUAGUGCCUCAGUGUGGAAACUGAUAGGAGGACAUUUGAUUUCCCAUCGCAACUUCUCCGUGCACCUAGUACAAUGGAAUGCAAGAAAGGACAGUAAUGACGUCAUAAUAUGGACGUUGGCGUCAUCGUUUAUCACUUGCAUCCUUGUCGUAAUAACUUAGGUACGGAUCUUUGAAUGUUCCCCUUUUCCUUCUCUGGAUAACAUCACACCUCUCAUGCGUUCCUACCUACUUAUGGUCUUGCAUAAUCUUUUUCGCUGGAGUUUGAGAAGGAAAGGAAUUGCCAGUGUUGUGAAACAUUCUGUCGGUCUUCGUGCAGUGGUCUUUAACUGCCUGCAGUGCUCAUAUGCAGAUACACUUUAAAAGAGGUGCCUCUGUAUACCUGUCCUGUGUAACGAAUGCAAAUGAAGAUCGAUGGUGUGGGCCAUAUUUGUUUUGUUUUUGUUGUUAACAGUGUUCUUAGGUCAUUUAGAUUAGGGCCUCUUUCUUUUGAUGUGUAUGCAUGUGACCUCACCCUGGGUUUCCCACCUCUAACUCAGCUGCUAACAUCCUCUUUCUCUUGUGUGGCCUCGGUGAAGCCAACCCUGUUAUCGAGACAAGCCACCCAUACUUGAAAAGCCCUGUCCGAGCAGUCUUUCUAUGGACAGACUCUUUCUGCCACUGGCUCUUUAACUACAGCACACAGCAUGCUGUCACUAUGCAAAGUUAGAGAAGAUGGGCACGUAAUGUCCGCCCUGUGCCAAUCUGUGGCUUUGAAAGAAAUAUCUCACAGUCCUCCCGUAAUACUUUCUAACAUGCUCGAGGCCAUCGCCAACCUUGUAAACUUAGAAUGUUGUGUGACGCUAAGCCAAUUUCGUCGUUUCGGAGGUCUGUGUGUUAAUUCUGCUGAAUUUGAUAAAUCUCAUUUCAAUACAAUCUCAGGGCACGACAAGAUGAACAAAAGUUAUGUUUAUUGAAAGUUGAUCGUUUUGAAGAUUUAUCAUUUGUAAGCGCCUUUACACAUUUAGCGAUGUGUAGGAAGCUUACAAAGUGUACAUUUUAAAAUAACGCAAGAGGAUAUUUAUCAGUGGGGCAAUAAAUUUAGGAGGGUGGCUAGUUUGGGUCAUCAGUUGAUUUCUACAGUAAAUGGGACCUGCGUAUCUUACCUCUGCUGCUGGUUGUGUUGAAUUCCCCUUACGGUCUCAUGUGCCAAUAUAUAUAUAUAUAUAUAUAUAUAUAUAUAUAUAUAUAUAUAUAUAUAUAUAUAUAUAUAUAUAUGUACAGUACACUGUGGCAUCUCUGACUUCACAUCUUAAAUUCCAAUGUGUGUCGUUUUGUUGUAGAGCACUUCUGUUCGGAGGCACUUUGAUGAUUCUCGUGUGUUCGAGGUGGGAUUGGGUUCGAAAGGGUUGAGGAUAUUUGUCAGACGUAUUUGUCACCUCAUGCUGAUUCUUUGUGAUAAUCUCGUUGCUGUCAUUGAAAGAAUCCUUUAUAACAAGCGAGAACUUUAACAGCAUUGGGGAUUGCGGUGUGCUAUCGGCAUACAGACAACGAGCAAACCCUGGUACGUUUUUUGAAUACCAAAAAUGUAAUAGCAUUUUAAUAUCUUUUUUAUAAAAGUUUGACAAAAACACAAUGAAGGAAAAAGAUCUAUAACGUUUUAAAAAUGCACUUCUUGCUGAUAUUAUCUCCCGCUUGCUGGUCACGUUCUGAAGGUUGACAGCAAGCUGGAGUGCCUUUUUGUGUAUGCUGUAUUAACUGUUUGUAAAAAAUGGGGCCCUGAGCUGUACAUUUCCAUCUCUUUUUCAGUUCGUUUUGGGCCUUUAUGCUGUAUAAACAUUCUUUUUUUUUCAUUCGGGGAAAAGACAUUUCAGCAGAUGUGUCUUAAGAUACUAAAGUUGUUGAUUGAUUGAUUGAUUGAUUGAUUUUUUUUACUUCCUGUUUCUGGGUGGGGGUUGGGGGGGAUCACUGUUGCCUGUGUGUGUAACUGCCUUGUUCCAAACUCAGUCGCUGCUGACUGACAGUGAACCACAAUGUGGCUGUAAUUCCAAACAGUCAAACAUCACAGGAAGUCUCUGGUGACACCAGCAUAGGUAGACUACAGCUAAACAUUACCCUGUAUAUUAUCAUGCUCGUUGUGUAGAAAAAAAAAUACUAUCAGAUUUCUGAAUCCUUCCCUUUUGAAACUACUGGGCAAGAUACAAUUUGAAUUAAGCAAUAGACCUUGAUCCUUACAGUGUGUCAUCUGAGAAAACUUUCCUAAAAGAAAAUCAGUGAUAGCGAGUGAUCAAUGAUAGAUAUGAACCAAACAGUCUUACUGGAGGAGCAUGUUUGAAAUGACAUGACACAGGACAUACAUGCAGUAUUUGUGUAUACCUUCAAUCAUUAUGUUGUAAUCCUUAAUUAUGAACCAUGUUUUUGUCUCUAGGCAAAGAAUGAAAAAUCAUAAACAUAUCAAAAGAAAUAUCUUCACCGAUACUUGAAUUAAAGUGCGCCAAUUGUAAAAUGUGAAUUUAUUUGUUCUUACAUUUUUGUUUGGGUCUGACACUUUCAAGGUAUUUGAUAACACACUCGUAAGGUUUCUUCACAAAUAAGAAAAAAAAAAAAUUGAGAAAAAAAAUCGUUUGAAUGUGUUUGAGUGGUUUUGUAUGUGCGCUCUCUAAUCACUGCUUCUCGUCACGGGGCGACUGUCUGCAACUAUGAUCCAUUUAGUAUGUUGUACUGUCUCUUAUUUGUGUGUGCGUUUUAAAAAUUGUUCCAACAUGGUUACUAUCUAGCGUUGCACUGAGUGUCUUUUUUUUUCCCUUGCUCGGCUAUACUAAAAAACUGAAAACUGCAGGGGGAGAUGAUGACAAUUCACGUGUUAAUGUUUACUCAAGGACUUUAUGGACUUAUUUUCAUCUUAAAAUGUUUAAAACCUGUAAUAUUGUAUCCUCAUAGUGGCUUUUAUUGUGGAUUAAUUCCCACAAGAGUUAUCAUUUUGAAGAGUGUUGCGUCAUUUCAAUUGCAUUAUAAAAAAAAAAAAUAAAAAAAAUACUAAAACUAAAAUUAAAAAUACAAAAAAAAAAAAAAAAAGAUACUGAACUUUGGCCAUAGUGAGGAAGUUGGUAGAGAAGCAGUUACAUUCAUGGAUUGAACAGUAAAGAUAACCAGAUGCUAGUUAGUGACAUUCUGACUCAUUUUAAAAGGUGCCUCUCUUCCAUUCUGUGAUUUUUCUUUUCAAAUCUACAUAGCAUUUACAAAUGGUUGAAUUGUCUGAAUUUGCAAAAAGAAAACAAAAUAUUACAAGAAUGCAAGAAAAAAAAACUUCAGUCAAAUAAAUGUUUAAAAUUAAAAAAAAAAACCUUUUCAAAUGAAGACGUAUGCUACUUGCUGAACUCUGGGAUUGUUUCAGUGUUGCAUUGUAUUUUGCUUAUGAAUUACAUAAUUGUUCUUAUUGGUGGAACUGAUGCCGACAUGUCGGUUUUCAUUUCUGUAAAAGUAACGUGAUUCUGUCACCGUCUUGCACGCUGACAGCGGACUUGGGUAUUUUCUCAGGAAGAUUAGGGGUCCAGAGUUCCAGUUCCACUGUUAUUGUGUUGAUUAUCAUGAGAAUUGAACAAAUCAGUCAAUGAAAGAAGAAAAAAAAGAUAGAUGUUGAUAGAAAUCCAGCUGUACGCACUGAAAGUUAUGGAUUUGAAAAUGUCUUUGAAUUUUAAUCCGUAGCAGAUACACAUUUACCAAAUAUUAGAUUUGUAGUGAACCUAUGCGUUUUAUUUCUUGGAGUACUUUCCAUUUGAAAUAUGUUUGUUUGUAUCUGUCGCAUUAUGUACAAAUCGUUUUGUUCAUUGGUUAGGUUGUGGAAGGACCUAGCACUAUUUGAUUUUACCUUGCCUGAUGUUUCUUAACGAGGUCCAGUAAAAGAUCCGUCCUUCAGUAGAGGCCUGUAUGCGAAGGCCUGAGAAUUGUAGAUUAACACAGAACUUGAACUCUUACCAGAAUUUCUUACUAGCGUUUGAGUGCGGGAUGAAAAUGCUCCGAGUUAAUUCUUCAUCUAGGUUUAACAUUAGAUGCAGAAAUAAGGAUUAAGAAUCUAUGCACAAGUUUGAGGGGACGGUAUGUCCGGACACGCUGUCCUUACAAGGAUACGAGGAUCUUUUUGAGGGGGCGGGGUUAGGGAUUCCAGUUUCUUUGUACGAGUUUUCAUUUUAAUCAGCAGAUACUAAAGUGUCGUCACCAUGCUCCGUGUCUCUCAACCGAGGAGCAUCAUCAACCAAGCACUGUGGGUUUAUGCAAAUCUCUGACAUUCUGGUGUUUUAAAUGGAAUGAUGCAUUGUGAAAAGGGAACCUAGCUGGUUCUCUUUAUGGUUCAGAUGUUAAGAACACGACCGUACUGAGAUUUAACAAUGUUGCUGGCUUUUAAAUGUUUUUUAUUCCUUACCCUUAAAUGGAUGACUGACACAACAAUUCAGAUCUUGUCAUCAUUUACCCUCAGGCUGAUCCAAAGCUGUACGAGUUUCUUUCUUCUGGUGAAGAUAUUUUGAACCAGACAGUUGCUGGUAGCCAUUAACUUCCGUAGUUUCCCUCACUAGAGAUACCAACUGGUUCUUCAAAAUAUCUUCUCUGUUCAACAGAAGAGAGAAAUUAUACAAGGUUGGAACAACAUGAAGGUACGUAAAUGAUCAAAUAUUGUUUUGUGUGAAAUAUCCUUUUAAUAGAAUGUGAUCGUUGAAGACUUGCACCGAAAGUCUUUCCAUGUGGUAUGGAGAUUAUUUCAGCCUAUAUUAAUAAACAGCAUUUUUCCUCUUGAA